CGUUCUCUCUCUCCCUCCCUCUAGCCGUAUCCUCGCCGUCGCCUCCCUCCACCGUUGGAGCCAGGCAGCAGCACAACAAAAUGGCUGGUCUUGCGCAGCCGAAGUCGGAAUCUAAGCUGCCUUUGGAGAUACGCACCAAGUCGGUGGAACACACUCUGGUGCCUCUUGUUGCCCAGAUAACAACACUGGUAAACCAUAAAGAAAAAACUAAAGUAUCAGAGAAGACACUGCGAGUAUUAGUACAAGUUGGGCAAGUUGUGAACCGGGCUGUAGGAAAGUUUGUGUCUGUUGGAGAGUCUAUAGCUGAAGAAAACCCUGAGAUUAAAAAUGAAAUGUGUGAAGCAUGUCAAGAGGCAAGGCAGGCAGGUGUUAGCAUCCAGAAGUUGACAGCUACUCCUGAUGGAAACUCAGGACAUGCAAAGACAAUCAAAGAAAAAACAGCCAUGGUGCGAGCUGCAAGGCAGCUUUUAUCAGCUAUCACCCGGGUAUUGUUACUUGCAGAUAAAGUAGUGGUCAAACAGCUGCUGGCAGCCAAGGAUCGAGUUUUGGCCAGUUUGGUGAAAUUAGAACGUGUUUCAAAUUUCACGGAUUUCAUGGAUGCAUUCAGCCACUUUGGUAAAGAGAUGGUUUGUCUUGCUCAAAUUACUGGUGAGCGACAAAAUGAUCUGAAGAGUGAUAAACAGCGUGCUCAAAUGGGGGCAGCACGUGCAGUACUUGAAAAGGCGACAAUGAUGCUGCUAACUUCGUCCAAGACAUGCUUGCGCCAUCCUGACUGCCAUUCUGCCAAACAAAACCGAGCUGGUGUGUUUGCCCAAAUGCGACGGGCACUCGACAUGGUUCAUCAAAUAGUUACCAAUGGUGGAAUGUCUAGUGACAGCCUUUCUCCGACAGUCAAUGGAGACUCUGGUAUUGGUUUAGCUACUUCACAGCCUACAGCAAGCCGAGUGCUGAAGGAUUUUGAUGAUUUAUGUGAACUAACUCGGAUAACAAUGGUAGGUCCGAGUACUCAGGAGAAACUCAACAGUGCCUUAGACUUAAUAAUUGAAAGUAGCCAGGAUUUCACUGACUCUGCCUACACUUCCCAUGAGAACCGAGAACGCAUACUUGAUCUUUGUGAUCAACUACGGAUUCAACUGAACAAUCUAAUUAAAAUUGGUGCCAGCUUGGAUCAGAAAGAAACUGCGUCAUCAAGUCAAGAAUUAGAAACUGCAAUUCUUAAAACAAUUGAAGCAUCAAAGGUUCUUCAUAAACAGCUACAAGACACCACAAUGGACCAAGCAUCGGAAUUAUUCAAGGUUAAUGAAGACCAUGAUUUACUAAAGGGAUUAAAGAUCCAUGGAUUAGCUGGAAGUUCUGACAAAGUGGAUGAGUUGUCAGUGAAAUUUAGAGAACAUUCUGAACAGUUAGAAGAAGUGUGCAAGCUCUUACGCCAUAUAGCUAAUACUGGUCCCCUCAUUAUCACAGCAGAACACAAUGAAUCUGUUAUUCAUGUUACAUGUCCAUUGCUUUUAAAUGCCGCCCAGACUUUUUCUCAGUACCCUGGCAGUCGUAUUGCUGAGGGAAACUUGGAUGUUUUUGCUAAAGCUUGGGAAGGUCAAAUCAAUGAACUCUCAAUUUUAGUGAAAGAAGUUAAUGAUGUGUGCCAAGGCAAGAUGGAGAAGCAUGUUUAUCAAUCCCUUCCAAGACCUGGGAAACAUGGUACAAUGGUCAAAUCUCUACGACCUGUGAAACUGGAUGCAGAGGAACAAGCCAAAAUAGCUAAACUUGGUCUAGAAAUGAAGUUGAUUACAUCUGAGAUGGAUGCUGAGACUGACAAAUGGGAGGAAGCGGAUAAUGACAUUGUUAAACGUGCCAAAAAUAUGUCGAGCAUGGCUUUUUCCAUGUAUCUAUUUACACGAGGAGAAGGCCCCUUGAAAACAACACAAGACCUAUUUACUCAGGCGAAAUAUUUUGCUGAUGAAGGCAACAAAUUAUAUAAAACUGUUAAAGAAUUUGCUGAACGAGUACCGGCGAGUGGUCAUAAAGAGGAACUGGUUGUACAUCUUGACCGAAUUCCAGUAUUUUGUCAACAGUUGCUAAAGACACUUCGAGCUCCAACAUUUGGCAAAGCAGCCACAUUUAAUAAAGUUGAUAGUGCCAUUCAAGAAACAAAGAAUUUAAUGAACGCUGUUGCCAAAGUUGUGACAACAAGCUUCAUCUGUGCAACCAAAUACAACAUAGACUGCCGGUCAACGUCUGUCCAGUCUUACAAGUGGCGUGGAAGCUCCCAACGCCUUGAUAAUCAGGCAAACGGUGGCACUGAUGCUGGAAGCGAGUCGGGUGGCAGCAGUACUACCACCACUGCGCCACCUUCUUUACAGAACUCCUACAUAGAAGGUCUUUACCGCAGCUCAUCGCUUAAUAAGCCUUUAUCUACCAUUGGACUUCUAGACUCCUGAGACUGGCUUUGUGAGGAUGGGCAAUUUUCAUUAAAACUACUGCAGUGUCAGCAUCAACCAAAGUGUUUAAAUAGAGAAGAAGAGAGUAUAUCAUCACUUAGGUGACAACAGCAAAAACUGGUGAGAGAAGAUUGAUCAAUGAAAAUAGACAUUUAAACAUUUACAAAACAAGAAAAACAAACAAAAAAAAAAGAAAUCUAGUAAUUAUUCUGUGAUAUUGAAAUUUUAGUUUCCAGAAGUGCGUGUAAUUCCUUCUGUGUAUGGCUUCUAAAUUCUCAGCUUCCCAGUCAUCUCUCGUGUCUCUUCUAAUCCAUUCACUCCUGUCGUCAGUGAUGACAAAGAUAUACCAGUGUGAAAUAUUCAAUAAGUUUGUAAUAAGCUUUCCUCUCUCAAUCAAAAUGAUCGACUUUUUUUUUCUCCUUCUUCCCCCCUGCCCAUCCCUGCUUGUUUGUAAUUAUGUCUCUGUGAUGUAGUGUUUUCAUUAGUGUCUUCAUAUUGUCCUCCUUGACAAGAAAACUCUUAAACAUUUCCUCAAAUGGCACAAAGAUCUUACUUUUACCAACAGCAGCUCUAACAAAAAUAAGUAUUUUUUUUAAUUUUUUUUAAUUGAAAUUCUGAUUUGGUACAUUGACAAAAAUAUUUCUAUUCCUUUACUGAUGUAAGGGUUUAAUGUUUGUGUUACAGUAAAAAUUUAAUCUAUGCAGUACAUAUCAAAGGUUAGGAUUUCCACAGCCAAGAGCAGCUAACACAGGACACAGCAUGCACCAGAGAUACAUGUGUAUGGGUGUAAAGUAUACCUUUUUGUAACGUAUGUACAGUAAACUUUUUUUCAUUGACAAAGUAUUAAUCUCAAUGUCUAAUACAGGAGACAUUUAUUAAUAGUCGUUACAUUCAGAUCCAGCUUUUAAUGAGUUUUACAGGCAACAUUUCAAUUACAUAUUAGUAAUUUUCCCUAGCUUCUGUAUUAUUGCUCCAUCCAAUACACACAGGCUAUUUCCAUCUUAUAUAUAUAUAUGUAUAUAUAUAUAUAUAUAUAUAUUGCGAACAGAUUGCAGAAGUCCCCCUCCUUCAAUCAAGCUCUACAUCAUUUGAUUUUCUUUUCCAGUUUAUUAAACUUUAUUUUCUAAAUUUUAAUUCAAUUUUUUUCUCCUUACUAAUUAAUUAUAUUAAGUUAUUAUUUUUGCUUUUCAAGUCAUUUAUGUAUUAUUUUGUUUUCAUUAUUCCGACUAACAACAAAUUUAUGAAAAAUAAGAGAAAAUACUGAAUAGAGAUAUUUAGCAAUUCCUUUCUUAUGUUUAAAUGAUUCCAGUAAUCCACCAAUAUUUCUUCUUGUGGGAGGGGGCAGUGAACAUCUUCAAAAAUAAGAUGGAAUAAUAAUGAGAAAAAAAAGCAAAAACUAAUGGAGUAAGUGGGAUUCUAAUUAAUUGUGGCAUAUUAGAAAUUCUUAGUGAUGCCAUCUACAACCUGGCAUUGAAUGCAAGUUGUAACCAUUUCACUUCAUUUUAGCCUGGGAAAGGCAUAAAUGUCACAGCUUCCUAUUUAUCCAAUUGUAAAACUCUCAGGCUUCACGUCUGUCAUGUAAACAGCUCUUUAUGUAUAUAAUAUAUAUAUUACAUGGACAACAGGGCUCCUUCAUAAAACUGCUGCAAAUCAUUUGAUGCAAUCCAAUCUGCAUGUACAUUUUCUAAAACUGUAUUGCUAUUUAUAUCAAUGGCUUUUUCUGUGUGAAUCUAUUUUACUAGCACAUUAUUAUUAUCUCCUGAUUAAUACUGUAUGUGUAUGCAUUAUGGCACUUUGUCUUCUGCUAGCCCACCAACUCUAUAAAUGACAAAUUCUGCCCACGGCACUCCUGUGAUGAUAUUCGGAUUAUUUUUAUUUGAAAUAUUAUUAUAUCACACUUGAAAGAGAGAGAGAGUGAAAAAGAGAGAGAGAGAGAAAUUUAAUGUUAACCUGAGCAAUCUUGUAAAGAAAUCAACCUUAACACUUAAAAAUAAGUUUUAAAAAAAAAAGUAAUUAUUUUUAUCGAUCCUUAUUAAGGUGUAGAAAAUUUUUUUUAAAAAAAAGUAUCCAAUCUGUCUUGCACAAUUUGUUUUGGAAUGCUGUCUCCUGCAAUUCAUUUUAGGUAUGAGUUGUAAUACUUAUUUGUGACUGUUUCAACAUGAAUACAUGAGUCGCUGUCAACUUCCAAUAAAAUGCGUAAUCUAUUGUUUGUUAUAGGGCAACAAACGUAGAACGAUUUGCUGCUGUUAAACAGAUAAUUGUCAAAAAAAAAAAGAAAAUCUUCAAUAAAAUUUUCUCAGCUAA